AUGUUUGGCAAGCGACGAAGAGCAGCCUCGAGUCCGGCCCAGCGAGCGCCUCCUCCCAGCGCCUCCGCCUCGCUCGCCGCCUCCAAAGCCUUCAUCAAGAGCGCCGAAUCCAAUGGCGCCCUCUCGUCCGCCGCCGCCGCAGCAGCCCUGCGCACUCACUCGCCAACACCGACGUCCGUAGCAGACACCGUCACCAAGCGCAUGGCACGACGCGGCUCGCUCUCAUCCAACGGCAGCUACUCGAGAGAGCCGUCCGGUUCCCUGCAUCGGCAGUCGAGUUCAGGGUCCAUGACGGAGCGCUCGUUCCGCGCACCAUCGCCGGGCAGGGGAAGUCCAGCUGAAACCAAUGCGCCGCCUGUCCCACCUGUGCCUGAAAACAUACAGCACCACGGCGGUGGCAUGCGUCGCCGCGCAUCGAGUGUCGAGCCCCUCUAUCGCGGAGCAUCGCCAGGCCCUAGAGGCGGAGGCAGAGGUGUGAGCUUAGACAGGGGCGCUAGUACUCCUCGACGAGCACCCCAACGUCCCGCCAACCCUCUUACCAAUGUGUCAGAGGAAGAAGACACCGCCCGGUCUAUAAACUUCUCCCGCCCUAUGUCCCCUGGCGCAGUAGGAACUAAGCCGAGCCCACCACAAACCACCGCUUCAUCUGGAUGGUUUGGCGGGCCCGUU